UGCAUGUUUAAGGGGGUAGGUUAAUGUCACACUGGAGACUCAGCACACCAUUCAGAGGAGGACAGAAGCCAUGAGGAAGAGUCACGCUUAGCGGUGGAGUGUGAGAAUAGAUGCCUCUUCUUCCUAAGGGAGCUGGAGCAGCAGGAAUAACAUCCUGCCAGAACCCAACUUUACACAAUGGUUGUCCCAAAGUCACAAGAUGAGCAACUGCCUGCAAGUGGUUCUGUGGACAGAGGCACCAGCCAACAGUACAGAUCCAAUCCGUCCUCAUAUCAACAAUCUGGAGGCCCACAACAUUUUAGCUCUAAUGGGAAUAUUUCACCAGUCAACACCAGUCCCCAUGAGCCACAGGAAUACACUGAGACAGACUUUUUGCUCCCAAAUAAACUGUACAGAGCGUCAAGGUUCAGUGGAUCCAUGAGAGCAAAGGAUGCAGAUGGCUCCGGCGCACCAGCUGAGACAGUCUGCUCCAUAGUGAUUCAGAUACUGGUGCCAUUUCUGCUGGCCGGGUUCGGUACAGUCUCUGCCGGGAUGCUGCUCGAAGUGGUUCAGAACUGGGACGUGUUUCAGGAAAUCACGGAGAUCUUCAUCCUGGUCCCUGCAGUAUUAGGCAUGAAAGGGAACCUGGAAAUGACUCUGGCCUCUAGACUCUCGACUGCUGUGAAUGCAGGAAAAAUGGAAACUGCCAGAGAAAAAUGGAUGUUGAUCAUUGGCAACCUGGCGCUCAAGCAGCUACAAGCCACGGUGCUCGGCCUGUUGGCCUCUUUGAUGGCGACUGUGUUGGGCUGGAUGGCAGAGGGAAAAAUGCCCUUCAAUCACGUAGUGCUCCUGUGUUCAGCCAGUGUUUCUACUGCCUUCAUGGCUUCACUGCUGCAAGGUGUUAUCAUGGUGGGAGUGAUCAUGGGCUCCAAACGAUUGGGAAUCAACCCUGACAACGUGGCAACACCCAUGGCAGCCAGCUUUGGGGAUCUCAUCACUCUUGCCUUCCUGGCCUGCUUCAGUCAGUGGUUCUUCUCCUUAAUAGAUUUGUACCCCUAUGUGUUGUACCUGGUGGAUAUGUUCUUUCUGUGCCUGAUUCCUCUUUGGGUGGUAAUUGCCUCAAAACAUCCAGCCAGUCACAUGCUGCUCCGCACAGGCUGGGAACCAAUCGUAACAGCAAUGGUCAUCAGCAGUAUUGGAGGACUUAUUCUGGACAAGACUGUGUCAGAUCCAAACCUUGCCGGAAUCCUAGUUUAUGCUCCAGUUAUAAAUGGUAUUGGAGGAAACCUUGUCUCAAUACAGUCCAGUCGUAUUUCUACCAAUUUGCAUUUGAAUUACUCACCUAGAGAGGUUCCUGAAGACCGUAGGAGCUGUUACAACCCUUGUCGCACUUUCUUAGGUUCAGGAGCAAACCACAGAUCUGCUCAGAUUCUGGUUCUUUUGGUGAUUCCUGGUCAGCUCGUCUUCAUUCACACUAUACACCUGAUGAAAGGAGGCCACACUUUGCCCAGUCCUCUCUUCACUAUUGCCUUCUUGUCUGCUUCCCUGAUUCAGGUAUUCUCCCUGCUGUGUAUAGCCGACUGUAUGGUCCACUGUCUAUGGCGGAGGGGUAAAGAUCCCGACAGUUACUCAAUACCCUACCUGACAGCCCUCGGAGACCUAUUUGGGACUGCUCUCCUCUCUCUUGCUUUUCUCAUGCUGUGGUGCAUUGGUGACUCAGGCAGUGUGUAGUUUCAAAGCAAGAACAGACUUGAGGAAAAGACAAAUACAACAAAACAUCACAUACCACUGGGCAACAAAUAGUGGCACAUUUACAAUUUUUACAACUACCUUAAGGCUCGUCCAGUUAAGUGCAAUUAACUCAUUUUAACUUCUUGGAACAGAAGGAAAAUAAGCACAUAAUUAUAUGUCCCUGAAAAGGACUAUAUAUCUAUAGUUGACGAAUCAACUUAUUGUUAACUGUCAACAAAACAGCAGUAUAAUUAGUCUAACAGGCAAUGUAACAUAGUGGCUUUUGGAUAUGAAUAUACAUAUUUAGCAGAUUCUAAGACGUCUGUCAUGUGACAAUAAUUUUGUUUCACUCGACCAGUGGUCUCUUGCUUUGUACCCCGACAGAACAACAACUAAUUCCUGUUUUUAUAUUUAUUAAAAUAACUUGCACCUUCGCAGUCAACGUGUAAGCUUUAGGCCUAAAAGCACAAUAAUAGAUAAUAAAUACAGUCUUAUGUAACUGAGAUAAAUGGGCCUGGUGAGAGCUGCUUCCUGUGUCUCAUUCAGUGCUGCUUGCCAAAAUAUUUUAUUUAUCUUUCACAACCAUUUGGCAAACCCCAGGUUGAGAACCACUGCACCAGAAUAUAGUGUAUGUGGAGCAUCUGCAAUGAAACAGAUGCAAAAUGUGUUGCUUAGUCUUCCCCUUGCAAAAGAUAUUAUAUAAAUAUUAGUUUUUAAAGUGGACCAGAGUUGAGUUUGAGUCCCAAUAUGUUCUGUACCCUACCCCUGUUGAUGAAGAGAACUCACUUUGAUAGGAUAAAACACGAUCAGCCCAAGCUGAGGUUACUUGAGGUAACUGCAACACACACACAGAAGAUCUGGUUACAGUAUGUAUUUAUAAUGUGAAUGUAAACACUCACUUUACAUGUGUUUCUGCAUGCUUUUGUUAAUGUUUUGAUUUCAGUACCUCAGAAUAGACUGAGAAAGUUCCUAGGAAAAAUACCUCCUAUUCCUAUAAACCAGCUACACUGGUUGGUAACCAUGGAUUCAGACUUGCAAUCCCAGACGAUUUUUUAAUUUUUUAAAUGCAGUAUCUAUCUAAUUGUUUUGAAUGAUGUGGCAGAUAUGAUCAGACAUGCCCAGACAAGGGCAUUGUUCCAAGUCCGUUGAUUCUCGAGACAACUCGGUUUGCAUGUAUUCUGUUUUGUUGCAAAUAAACCUUGCACAGGAAGGGAA